GUACAACCUCUCGCUUCGCCUCUUCCUCUUUGGAUAAACAAUACAUUCUUGUGGAUAUUUUGUCCCAAAUGUCAGCUGAAGGACAAACCACACAGCAUACCAGUAAACUGGAUUAAUCAGACUAUGGCCUCCGUUAGUACCUACAAAAAGACGCUGAUGCAAUGCCUUCUAUUCUCUACAAAUGACUGUCCAAUACGAGUUCUCCACGUUUAGUGAUUUUUUAAAGACGUCAAUUCCCAUGCACCACCAGGAGUUGGACGUCACCAGGAAGUACCCGUAGUCAGAAAUAUUUGGUUGAGUUUUGUUGUUGUUGUCCAGCAAAGCAGUUGCAUUCAUGGCGCUUGCUGGUGUGCGUGUCAUCGAACUUGCGGGCCUGGCCCCAGCGCCCUUUUGCGGCAUGAUUCUGGCUGACUUUGGCGCCAAGGUGAUCCGAGUGGACCGGACCAAGGUUGCAAUGGCAAUGGACACGCAGGCUCGAGGCAAGCGCUCGGUGGCGAUCAACCUGAAGAGCCCAGAGGGAGUAGCUGUGCUGAAAAGACUCUGCAGUCAAUCAGAUGUCCUCCUUGAGCCCUUCCGCAAAGGAGUUAUGGAGAAGCUGGGCCUGGGUCCAGAGGAGCUACUGAAGGAGAACCCUCGUCUGAUCUACGCACGCCUCACUGGCUACGGCCAGAGUGGAGCCUAUGCCAAGGCUGCUGGUCACGACAUCAACUACCUCGCCAUGUCAGGCUUGUUGUCCAUGCUGGGCCGGAGCCACGAGAAGCCCUAUGCUCCUCUGAACCUGUUGGCUGACUUUGCAGGCGGGGGUCUGACCUGUGCCCUCGGGGUGGUCCUGGCCCUGCUGGAGAGGACCAGGUCGGGAAUAGGGCAGGUCGUUGACACCAGCAUGGUAGAAGGAGCUGCCUAUGUCGGCUCGUUUGUGUGGAAAUCUCGUAGUAUUGGCAUGUGGAACAACUCGCGUGGGGAGAACAUGCUGGACAGUGGAGCUCCAUUCUAUGACACAUACCAGACCUCUGAUGGGAAAUACAUGGCUGUCGGGGCUAUUGAGACACAGUUCUAUAACCAGCUCAUCCAUGGCCUGGGAUUAGAUGCUGCCAACCUUCCUCCCCAGAUGAGCUUCUCUGAUUGGCCAGUGGUGAGGCAGAUCUUCACUAAGCAGUUUGCGACUAAGACACAGGAGGAGUGGGGUCACGUGUUCGACGGAAAGGACGCCUGUGUGACUCCGGUACUCUCUCUGGACGAAGUGAUCUCCCACCCCCAUAACCAGGAGAGGGCCUCCUUCCACAGGGACGCCCAGGGGGAGGUGACUCCGAGCCCCGCACCUGUCCUGUCCCGUACCCCUGCUGACCCCUGCCUGGCCCAGGACCCCCUUAUAGGGGAACACACACGCUCCGUUCUAGAGGAGUUUGGCUUCAAACUAGCAGAGGUAGACCAGUUGCUCUCAGCUGGUAUUAUUGAGUGUAACGUAGCCCAAGCACGGUUGUAGCCAGGCCUUUCUUCUUCUCCUGCCUCUCUCCUCUUUCCUUUGUCCUUCUUUAAGAAAAACACCCCGGCUCUCCAAUGUACACUUUAAUGUUUAUAAGUUGGACAACCAUCUUUGAUACAUGGUGUGCCAUGCUGGAUGGAUUAGCUAUUCAAUCAUUAAGUACUUGGAGCCCUUGGAUAAAUCACAUUGCAAAUGCAAUUCAUUCAUAUAAUUGUUAUUAUUAUAUGUAUAUGUCUUCUACCUACUGCAAGCCCUGUCGCCUUUGUAAGUGUUUGGACUGUAAGCACUUAAUUGUAAUUGAUGUAAUUAUGUUGAUAGCUAGAUAGCAAUGACAAUAUGUCAGUCAUUACUAGAGUAAGGUAGAGCAAGAGGAGGCGGAGAGAAUGAUGACCCUUGACUGUAACUACUCUUUCAUAUCAGUUAUUACCUGUAUCCAAGGGUUUGUGAUGAUUUUUUACAUGAUCAAAUCAAAUGUUAUUGGUCACAUUCGCCGAAUACAGCAGGUGUAGACUUGCAAUGCAAAGUUAAAAAGUAAGACGAAUAUUUUCUAAAUAAAGAAAUAGUAACACAAUAAAAAACAACGAGGCUAUAUACAGGGAGUGCCAGUACCGAAUACAUUAACGUGUCAUAAUGUGCUUCUGAAUAGUCUUUGUAAUUCUAUAAAUAUGGUGAGAAAUUAUUCUCAGCUAUUGACUGAAGUGCCUGUAUUUUAUCUUGAAUGUUUUCAAAGAUGGAUGGGCACCCCAUUAAUAAUAUUUCUUGACAAUUUGUAUUAAAAUGCUUCAAUUAAA